UGCAUUUCAAGGUACAACUGAAUAAGACAAUCUGAUGCAGGUUACAUGAGACUUCAAGUAGCGUACCUGUUUUAUUCAUAACAUUUUGUUUUAGACAACUUUAAUGGAUAAUACAUUGAAUGUAACAUUUAUCACUCUUGGUGGGUAUGUGGAAGUGGAAAAAUACAGAUAUGUUUAUUUUGUGAUCAUGUUUACAGCAUAUAUUCUAAUUAUUUGCAGUAAUUCUACUAUUGUGUUCAUCAUAAUGAUUCACAAAUCCCUCCAUGAGCCUAUGUACAUUUUCAUUGCAGCUCUGUUAAUCAACUCUGUUCUUUACAGCACUGCUAUCUACCCAAAGCUUCUGAUUGACUUUUUAUCUGAAAAACAGAUCAUAUCAUAUUCAGCCUGUCUCUUUCAGUGGUUUAUAUUUUACUCUCUAGUUGGUUCAGAAUUCUUACUGUUGGCAGCCAUGGCUUAUGACAGGUAUGUGUCAAUAUGUAAACCUCUGCAAUAUCCAACUAUCAUGAGAAAAACAACUGUCAAUCUUUUCUUGGUUUUGGCUUGGCUUGUGCCUGCUUGUCAGCUUGCAGUGCCAAUUGUACUGAAUGCUAAUAAAAAACUCUGUAACUUUACUUUAAAAGGAAUAAUUUGCAACAGCACAGUUUACAAACUUCACUGUGUGAGUUCAGGAGUGCUAAAUAUAUAUGGCUUGAUUUCUUUAGUAAAUCUUGCACUUUUCCCUGUGCUCUUCAUACUUUUCACAUACACCAGGAUAUUCAUAAUAUCCUAUCGAAGUUGUAGAGAAGUCAGGAUAAAAGCUGCACAGACCUGUUUACCCCACCUGAUAGUUUUAAUCAACUUUUCCUGUUUAACUGCAUAUGAUGUACUGCUACUACGACUGGAAACUGAUUUCCCCCAAACUGUACGUUUAAUUAUGACGUUACAAAUAGUAAUGUAUCAUCCUCUCUUUAAUCCAAUUAUGUAUGGCCUAAAAAUGAAAGAAAUUUAUAAACACCUCAAGAGAUUGUUCUGCAAAAUGGUCUGAUGGAUUAACACUGAUAACUGUUGUACCGACAUUGUUUUGUGUCAUAAUAAAGCAGAGAUGUGAUUUCUCUGAACAUGUAAAGGCUUGUUUCUAAAACACUAAUGCACAGAGCAUCUUCCACUUCUUUCUUCUAAUGAACAACAAAUGACCCUGUAAGUAAGUGAAACUUUGUUAAAUAAAGGCCAAAAUAAAUGUAUUGUCUUCUGAACUCUG